CCGCGUCCGUGCUCCGCCUCCCGAGCGUGGAGUGGCUGGGCCGGCGGCCGGCGGCUCCGGGCUGGCGACCGUGGAGGCAGCGGAGCAGGCCGAGGAGGCCGAGGGGCCCGAGGUGCCGGAGGAGGAUGAGGACGAAGAGGAGACGCUGCCUCACUCGGAAGCGGUGGACGUGUUCCAGGAGGGUCUCGCCAUGGUGGUGCAGGACCCGCUGCUCUGCGACCUGCCGAUCCAGGUGACUUUGGAAGAGAUCAACUCCCAGAUUGCACUAGAAUACGGCCAAGCGAUGACGGUCCGAGUGUCCAAGAUGGACGGAGAAGUCAUGCCUGUGGUCGUGGUGCAGAACGCCACGGUCCUGGACCUGAAGAAGGCCAUCCAGAGAUACGUGCAGCUCAAGCAGGAGCGAGAAGGGGGCAUUCAGCACAUCAGCUGGUCCUACGUGUGGAGGACGUACCACCUGACCUCUGCGGGAGAGAAGCUCACAGAGGACAGGAAGAAGCUCCGCGAUUACGGGAUCCGCAAUCGGGACGAGGUUUCCUUCAUCAAAAAGCUGAGGCAGAAGUGAGCCUCCAGACAAGACAGCCCUGCACCAGUGGCCAGGCUCCUCCUGGGUUGUGCCCCUUCACAGAACGGCUGUUGACGCAGCCUGGCCGUGCCCAGCACGAGCUGUCAGGACUGAGCAGCACGGGGUGGGGCGGGUUCUUCCCGGGAGCAUGACCUGAGCCUGUUUUUACCCGAGGGUAAGCACCCGAGCCACCAGCAGACCCCCCGGGCUGUUUGGCCCCACCCACUGUACAGAAUGAACUGUGUGCUGGGGGUCUGGCCCCACCCUCUGUGCAAAAUAAACUGUGUGGUCUGGCCUGG